AUGAAACUUUUGACAUUGGUCAAUUUAUAUCAGCUAAAUUCUGAAUGGAAGAUUCAAGAUGAUGAUGAUUAUGAUAAACUAAUUUCUGUAAUUGUCACGAAAUUAUUAGAAAAAGGUCCUAGUAUAAAGACAAUUGAGAUGCAACUUUUUUUUACAAAAAAUUAUCUACACAAAAAUGAAAUUAUAAAGAAAUUUCGACAUGGAUUAGAGAGAAAAACCGUAUCCUUAAUGAAUGAAAUUUGUGAAACCACUAGAGUAAAUACUGAUAGAGAUAUAGACAAACUUUAUCAAAAGAUUUUGACAUUUAUUAUAUAUAUGAGUGGUUUAGGAAAUCCGGCGAAUUCAGGAGUACUCAAAGAAGCUACAAUGUGUCUUCAGAGUGUUUAUCUACCUUCAGAAGUCACACAUUUUGUUAAUUUAUCAAGGAAAGCAAAAGAUAAACAGCUAAAGGAACUUAUGAGUAUUGUUGGUGGAAUUCGAAUAUUUAAUAAAGAUUGCCAGCGUGGCGGUCACAGCAUUGAUGACUUACCUUCUUUAUUGCAAGAUAAUUUUGAAAAAUUGAAAUUAUCAAUCUUCCAACUGUUAGAGAAACUAAUGAGGAAUGUUAAUCGUUUAACAACAGCAGUUGAAAAUUUUCUUGAUUUCAAUUUUAUCUUAUCUGAUGAAGAGAAAAAUAAUUUUACAUGUAUUAUUGAAACACUUACUGCUUAUAGACAACAAGAAAUCUACGUUAGAAAACUGUUAUCUGAUAUCGAAACUUCUGAAAAUGAAUACAAAAGUCUUAUCAAAUAUUUGCAAGCUCGUUUAACUAAUCUACAUGAAACUGUUAAAUUUAGAACAGCUAUACCAAUUGUUCAAGUUUAUCCACAGUUUAGUGAUCUAAUGAAUAUAUGGAUGCAUCUACAAGAUGAAAGGGCAGUUUUGGACAGUUUAAACUCAUUUUUAUUUCAAUUGAAGAAUAUAAACAUUGAGGAUGUGGAAAUUCAUGAUGAAGGAAUAUUAGAAAGAUUGUUGAAAGAUUCUGAAAUUCUUUCAGAUGCUGAUCGACUUGAAAAGUCAAUGGGUAAAUCAAUAAGCGAAUGUGAGAAUUGUCAUAUUAUUUUUCCAAAUACCAUGAGUGAUCUCCAAAAAAUCCAGCUAGAAUUUGUAGGAUUCUGUGCAUGGACAUUUGUCGUAUGCCCUGGUGCUUUAAUUCCAGGAAAUCCUAACAUUGGUAUAAUCAAAUGGCGUAUGAGAUAUUUCGUAUUUAGUUCCGAUGAAGCUGCUAGAAAAUUUGGCCAAGAUCCAAAUAAAUUUUUCUAUGAUGCCUUGAAUUUUGUUCGUCAACAUCCAGAGUAUAUCAAUCUUUUUCAACUACAUGAAGAAAUUGAAGCGAUAAAUAAUCAAGAAAAGUCUUCUGAAGAAUAUAAUUUGAAAUUCCAUCAGGAUCAAGCAAUCCAAACGGAUGUUCACUUUCAUGAAACGUAUAUUGAUCCGGAUUAUAGUCAUAGUAUUUGGGAUUAUCGACAAAAAGCUAUGAAAUUGGUCCAUAUAUCUCGGUGUCGCACAAAAAGUACUCAAACGAGAUUAUCUCAUUACAGAAAAUCAAGUAAUGUUCAAGUAUCAUUAUCCAAAGACAUGGGAGUUCAAACACGAAAAGAUAAUUAUUGUAACACAAUUCUAAAUAGGAGUUUUAUGUGGGGACUCCGGGGAAUAAGAAAUUUUGAACCUCAAAUUGUUACAUACACUAAUGAUUUUUAA